AUGUCAUCGCCAAUGGAAGAAUAUACACAUAUUGUGAAUACUUAUACCAAAGAGAUCGAACAUCCAAGUUCAAGACAGGAUUCAGAGCAAUUUCAAAAGCUAUUAUCAGCAAAUAUAGAAACAUUACUGGAAUUAAAGUCCACUAUUACUAAUAAACUCGCUUUAUUUAGUUCCAAUGAGACCAUAGAUGAUUUAACUACUAGUUCUAUAAAAUUCUUGUCCAUGGAUUAUUACUUAGCUUUAAUGUGCUGCAGACGUCAAAGCUAUGUUCAAGACAUGGAUAAUAUUAGUAAGAAUAGAAUUAGAUUAAUGUUUUUAGAGAAGUCAAUCCAACUUUUUGUUCAAUUUUUAAUAUCCUUAGAAGAUUAUGAACUUCUGGAUAAAUCUCUAAGUGGUAAAAUUGAUUCCUUUAAGAUUGUAUACAGACCAACUAUGGAUGAACUAUAUAAGGUUAAUUCAGAGAAUAGCAUAGGAAAUGAGGAAUUGACCAUGGCAUACAUGAAAAGACAGCAAAAGAUUGAGUUCUUUCAAAGAUCUAAACAACUGACAGCAAAAAUGCGAGCUUUGGAAUCAAAGGUAAAUUCUAUUGAAAUAGAUAAUGGUAGUGAUAAAGAAGAACUUUUAAGAGAUUUAUAUAUUCAAAAUUUGAAACAGUUAAGUUAUUCUGCAUUUAAUGAAAUUGAACAAAUUUUAUAUGAAACUGAACUAUUGAAAAAUAUCAUUAGAAAUCCUCCACCAAUAGAAGAACAAUCCUCUGAAAGAAAAGAAGGAAAAGAUAACUUCUUUGAUAAUACAGGUUACACGGAUAGACUAGAGACUUUAAAUAAGCCUUUAUUAUCGAAAAAUGGUAAAAUAUUAAGGAAUUUUACCUUGGUUGACAAAAAGACAGAGUUGAAGAACAAAGUACGCGGUUAUGGUCAAUAUGGACCAACAAUGUCUGUUGAGGACUUCUUACAGAAGGAGUGGGAAGACGGUAGAGUACUCCAAGGUGGCCCCGAAAGUGCUAACCAACAAGAAGAGAUUAAUGAGGACGACGAAGAGUAUAAUGAUAGAGAAACAUACAAAGCAAGGGAUUGGGACGAUUUUAAAGAUAACAAUGCAAAAGGUAGCGGUAAUACUAUGAAUAUGGGAUAA